GCUGAGUUAAAGGAGAUCGUCUUUCGGAGCACAUACAGAGGUUUUGCUACGAAAAGCAACAUUUCAACAAAACUUGAAAUCCUUUCUUGAUCUUCAGCCGUAGCAUUAUUUAAAGCAAAAUUGUUUUUUUUUGUUUUUUUACCGUAGUGCUUUAGCUGCCGUUUUUCUCAGCUGUGGUUUAGCUUUGAAAACAAAGUGUGGCUUCUCUGCUAAACUAAAAGCAUGAAGAGUGAAGGAUUGCAUCAUUCAAAUCUGCUGAGUUGGGUCAGGUUUAAAAUUCUUCUUUUGUCUUUGUGGAUACAGCUUUCAUAAUAAAGAACGUGUGUUGCUCUCCCUGGAAUCCUGCAGCAACACUUAUUUUCCUCUGAGGAUCUUGUUUUUUUUCUGAAGAAGAAUUCUUUCUUUCUCUUGGCUCUUAACUUAUACCUCAAAUCCUUUAUGUGUAAAUUUGAAAUAAGAGGUCUGGACAAAGGUGAUAUCAGCAGAUACUCUCAGAUCUGUUCUUUUUUUUGACCAACAUGGAAUGCUCAGCUGCGAUUGCUAAAGCCUGGACCAACUCUAGGAGCAAGUGGUCCCGAAACAGGAGGUCCUCCGCACAACAGCCAUGGGGGCUGCUGAACAGCGGCAGAUGUGGUAGAGAUGUGUCUGCAUCGUCUCUCCUGCACAGCUUACUGAUUCACUGGUGCUGUUGCCAGUCUCAGGAGAGGAACACACAGUUGUGUCAGAAAUGGAGAGACUGUCCAGUGGAUGGAGCAGAGAACCAAGGGGGAAAACAUGAGCAAGAUGAGGUAGAGGAACUCGGGCCGCCGCCUUCUGUAGACGAAGCGGCUGACGCGCUGAUGACCCAGCUGGGCUUCCUUCUGGGAGAAAAGGUCAGAGUUGGAGAGCCCUAUUUGCCUAACCAAAGCCAGGAUGAUGGACAGAGAAUGUCUCCUUCCUCCAGUCUGGCAAGCAGCAACACUUCCCCCUGCUCCACUAUGCAGCCUCCUGUGGGGGAAGGUGGUAAUAAUAACAGCAAACAGCCUUUCUCCUACUGUGCCUCCGUCACCUCCCCCUCCUCUACACUGGAGAGCAGAGACAGUGGAAUCAUGGCAACGCUGACCAGCUAUUCUGCCGAGACUGUUGCAGAGCCGGAGGAUGGAGCAAGGCAGUCCAUUGACAGUUGCCAUGGUAGCAACCACUGGCAGCAGGAAGGCCGACCGGUGGUGGCCUCAGUUUCCACUGUGUGCGUAAGAGAUGGGAGUCAACCCAACAGCAGCUCGCUGUACUGGAUAGAGGACAGCUUGUCUACUUCCACCUACAGCCUAAACAAGCUCAAUCCACACCAAGGACCAAACUCUUCAUACUUUUCUGGAUCUAACCACUGCAUCACUCUUAACCUUAUUCCCCGCCCAAAUUCGGUUGCAGCCACAGGUUCAGCCCGCCUUGAAGAUCUAAGCUAUCUUGAUGAACAGCACAGGAAUCUUCCCCCGAAGAGGCUACUUCGAAUGGCAAGACAGAACUCUAGGCGUGGCGGUCAGCAGGACCACAUAGUUGAUUUUACUCCGUCUCUAAACCUGAAACCGCUCCAUUUCGAGGUUCCCGGCCUGCUGUCGAAUCGCCUCUUCACAGGUAGAGAGUGGCUCUUCCAGGAAGUUUACACCUGUUUGCGCAGCAAUCACCCAACAACCAACAGGGGCAUCGUAAUCACUGGUAACAUGGGCUUUGGAAAGACGGCAAUUAUUGCACAGCUGGUGGACCUCAGCUGUCAUGGACACCGCAUGAGGCUGACAACUGCUGACACUGUAACAAAACAUGGAGAAUCUGAUUCAAUCUCACAUGAAUCUCCUGGAAGAGAAGGAGAGACGGGGGGAGAAGAUGAAAGAGAAAGAAGCUGUCCAGAAACUCCAGAAAGAAGAACACAGGAGGAUGCAUUAAAAAGGCUAGCUAAACAGGUAGUUUCUUAUCACUUCUGUCAGGCUGAUGACUGUCGUACUUGUCUGGUUCCUGAGUACGUUCAUAACAUGGCAGCCAUGCUGAGUGCUGCCCCUCAAUUGGCCGCCUAUCGAGAACUGUUACAUCGUUCACCACAGCUGCAAAGCAUGCUCAGUCUACGCUACUGCAUUCAGGAUCCGACUUCAGCGCUACAGAAAGGAAUACUAGAACCCCUGGAUACUCUGCACAAAGAGAGGAAAAUUACCAAUGAUGAGGAAGAAUUUAUUGUACUUAUUGAUGGGCUUAAUGAGGCUGAGUUUCACCGGCCUGAUUAUGGAGAUACAAUAGCCUCCUUUCUCUCCAAAAACAUUCAGAAAUUUCCUUCAUGGUUGAAGGUCAUUGUCACUGUCAGGACCAGUCAGCAGGAGAUUGUUCACUCUCUACCUUUUCACCAUAUUUCUCUGGACCAGAAGGAGAAAAAUGCCAUAGACCAGGACCUGCAGAAGUACUUGAUGCACCGUAUCCACAACAGUCCUGAGAUUCAGAGCAACGUAUCCCUUGGCAAUGGUCGCCUUGACAGCACAGCACUGACGAAGCUCAUCAGCCACUUGAAGAGCUUGAGCAAAGGCUCUUUUCUCUACCUGAAACUCACACUUGACCUAAUUGAAAGAGGUUAUCUUGUUCUGAAGAGCUCCAGCUUCAAGGUGGUUCCGGUGACUCUAGGGGAAGUCUACCUGUUGCAGCUUAACAUGCGAUUCCCUACACAGUCAGCUUUUCAAAGAGUGCUGCCUCUACUCAAUGUGACUGUGUCUUCCCUUCACCCGCUGAGCGACCAGCAGCUGUUUGAAGCGGUGAACGCAGGUUGUCUCACUGAAGAGAAAAUCCAGAAGGGGGAGUUCAUGCAGCGGCUAGAGCAGCUCUCUUCUUUCCUGCUACGGCGGAGUGAUGGCAGCAGGGUGCUUAACCAUGCCUCCUUCAGGGAGUGGCUAGUUUGGAGGGAGGAGGGACAGGAUGACAGGUUUCUCUGUGACCCAAGAAGUGGACACACCUUGCUGGCGUUCUGGCUCUGCAGACAAGAAGGAAAGCUAAGCCAACAGCAGACGCUGGAGCUGGGGCAUCACAUUCUGAAAGCUCAUAUCUACAAGGGUUUGAGUAAGAAGCUUGGAGUGUCCUCCUCUGUUCUUCAGGGGCUGUGGAUGUCGUACAGCACAGGAAGCCUUAGCCCUGUUCUUUCAUCGCUUCGCAACCUCUACACUCCCAAUAUAAAGGUGAGCAGACUCCUGAUUAUGGCUGGAGCGGAUGUGGAUUACCAAACCAAUGUCAGCAAUGGUGCUCCCUUACUGUGUGUCCAUUCUCACCUCGGCCACAAAGAUGCAGUAGCACUGCUGCUAGACCAUGGAGCUCAUGUGGAUGCUAAGUCAAAUGAUGGUUUAACUGCCCUGGGAUUUGCUGCUGCAGCUGGUCACUUGGACAUUGUCACAAUGCUGUGUCAACACAAGGCCAAGGUUGGACAUGCGGAUAAUUCAGGCCGGUGCAUUCUGGUUCUAGCAGCCCAGCACGGUCACCUUGAGGUGCUGCGCCUCCUGUUGAAGAGCCCUGAAUGGAAUUGCACUUCCUGCUGUAGAGGAAUGAGCCGGAGCCAGGCCGUCCAACAGACACUGGUGGCAGCAGCCAGCAUGGGGCAUUCAGAGAUUGUGUCAUACCUCCUGGAUCUUCCCGAGGAAGAUGAGGAAGAGGAGCAGAGACCUGAGAUUAACUCAUAUGAUUGUGUCUGGGGAGAGACGGCUCUGACUGCUGCAGCAGGACAUGGACAGCUUCCUGUUUGCAGGCUUCUGCUGGAUCAAGGAGCUGCUGCUGAGCAAAGCAACAGACAGGGCGUCACUCCGCUCCUCAGCGCCGUGAGAAACGGCCACUGCCAGGUAAAAUGCAAUCAGAGCAUACAACUGGGUUUAAUGCUGCAGGGUCUCAGAGUCUCUGCCUCUCUUUGGUUACAGGUGGCGCAGCUGUUGCUGAACCACGGCGUUGAAAUUAAUGUGGUUGACCAGCAGGGUCGAACAGCACUGAUGACGGCAGCCUCAGAAGGACACAUCACCUCCGCAAAGCUUCUGUUGGAUCAUGGAGCCUCUCUGGACCAGACUGACAAAGAAGGCUUGACGGCGCUAAGCUGGGCGUGCCUUAAAGGCCAGUUUUCAUUGGUCAGAGAGCUGGUGCAGAGAGGGGCAGCCGUCAACCAUGUUGACCGCAGUAGUCGCACUCCUCUGGACCUGGCGGCAUUUCGUGGAGAUCCUGAUGUGGUGCAGUAUCUAGUUGAUCAUGGAGCGUUGGUGGAACACAUGGACUGCAGCGGGAUGCGCCCUCUGGACCGAGCCGUCGGCUGCAAAAACACUUCAGCAGUCAUUGCUCUUCUCAAGAAGGGAGCCAAAAUCGGACCUGCAACCUGGGCCAUGGCCACUUCCAAGCCUGACAUUUUAAUGGUGUUGCUCAGUAAAAGGAUCCAGGAAGGAGACAAGCUGUACAAGGAAGGAAAUUUAAGAGAAGCUGCUCAGUCCUAUCAGUCAGCCCUGCAGAAGUUUCCAGGAGAUGAGCUAAAGACUUUCAAACAGCUUAAAGUGUGCGUGCUGCUCAAUCUAUCCCGCUGCUGUCGCAAAAUGAACGAUUUCGGCCGUGCUGAAGAAUUAGCUACAAAAGCUCUGGAGCUGAAAUCCAAAUCCUAUGAAGCAUUUUACGCCCGAGCCAGAGCUAAACGAAGCCACAGACAAUUCCAUGCCGCAUUGGAGGACCUGAUUGAGGCCAGCCGUCUGUGUCCUUCCAACAGGGAAAUUCAGCGACUGUUGUCCAGAGUGAAAGAAGAGUGUCGGCAAGUUGCACAGCAACACGACCUUCCUUCCUCUAUUCAACACCAGGUGGCGAUAUCCAUCAGCGAAGCGCAGUGCCGGGAUUCAGACCGUCUGCAGGUGCAGGACAAGGAAAGCUUUAACCCACAAGAUAAGAAAGAGGAAGAGGAAAAAGAUGAAUAUUACAGGGGAGAUAAAGACUGUUCCUUCCUACAUGCUCCUAAAGCACUUCAAAGUCCAGAAACCCACGGCUGCUCCAGAGAGAAAUCACCAUCUUCUCUGUCCCCUACUCACAUGCAUCAGCACCUUUCUAGUCCCACCCAUUCAACAAACCUCUCCCAUCCCAGUCAUUCUUUGCCUCCUCCUUCUUCCCUCUCCUAUGCCCAUGUUGAUUUCCCAUCAUCCCCAAUGCAGCAUCCACACAGAGCCGGCAUAAUGUCUGAAAGUAGAGGUCAGUACACCUUUCAAAAUGUCUCAGGCCUGAGCCCAGAUGGUCCAAAUGAGGGUGCACAGCAGAACUAUCCUGUGUCCAAUAAGAGAUCCCUACCGAAGCACAGUCGUCCCCAAGGCCAGUGGCUCCACAACACCAAGGCUGAGGGGAGCUUAAGCACUCAGCUUAGCUCCUCGGCUCCUUCUGGUAUUGUUUUGGAUAGUUCUGCUUACUCCCAUCUUGCCCAUCUUCCUGAAGAGUUAGAAGAAUUGGGAAAAGGCUUUUAUGCGAGCCCGUUCAAUGCCAACCCACAAGUUCGAGGCGGCGUUGGAGAUUUGUAUGCUUUAGAUAACGCAGAUGUUGAACCUGUUUGCCAAACCAGAGCAACCCCCACAUAUGGCCAAGGUACAGAAGCAGACAGAGUUGGAGUAAAUAGUUUUAGUCAGUCUCGACAGCUCAGCCGCAACCAGUCCAAAGCAGCUUACUACCCAAUGGAAGUUACAGAGGCUGGGAUGGGGCAUAAAUCAUUCAAAGACUUUCACUACCACCAGGGUGGACUUCGUCGCCCUCUCAGUGCCCACCCUACCUCCUGUGCUCCUCCUAGGUCUCUGGUCCACUCCCAUAGUGUGAAUGUGCGUUUUUCUUCUAGCAAUGGAAGUCUUGCCAGUGGGAUGCACCCUAAUCAGGGCCAAAGUUUUCGAACCUCCUCCUCUGCCCAGCAAAUGGAUCUACCUCCAAAAUCCAAAGGUGUUUAUGAUGAUACUCAUGAGCUCCUUCCCGAUUCCUCUCCUGAGUCAGAUGUCUGGAGGACCUAUCCUGGAGAGGAAGAACUCUUAACCAGAAACACGAUUUUCAUGGGAGUAACAGACAAGAGAGUCCGAGCGCAACAGCAGGUUCCUUCAAGUUCAGCAUCUUGCAUCAAUCCCUCUCGUUCCUGGGUUGUUUCUUCAGUUGACAUGGUUGUUACCUCACCAACUAAAAGCCCUGCCGACCACAAGGCUCUGACUCCAGAAACACCGUCAUGUAUUGCCUAUUUCAACCGGAGCAACAACAACGCACACAACCUGCGCCACGAAAACCAAAUGGACUUCUAUAAAGGAGUUCCUCAAAGCAGCCGAUGGCGGGAAGUUUCAGGACGCGUAAAAGGUCAGCAACCUUCCUAUGUUGACGUGAAGGUCGCCCGAACAAUGCCGGUUGUCCAAAGCUGCCCCGACAGGUUGACAGAAAGGACGACUGUACCUUCCUCCCCGGUCAAACCAAAAAGACCCUUUAUAGAGUCCAAUGUCUAAUAAGGAACAUAAACAUUAAACAGGCGAAGAGGAAUUUAUCUACCAGUUUAUUCCAAGAGAUCCCAGCUGUCUCUUAUGGUGCCCAACCACAGAUUUCUGUUGCACUCAACUGGAAGGGACUAUUUAUUUUAUUUGGAGACACAAGUAAAAACAAAACAAAUUAUUUCUACAUUAAAGUCUUCAUGCAGUAUCAAUCUCAACUGAUCGCCAGAGAGGGCUCUCAUUUAUCCUGGCAAUGAAUUUAAUCAACAGCGUUGUUUUUUUUAGCCAGACAGAGACUGUUUACUGUGAAAAGAAGACUUAAUAUAAAAGAAAAAACUAUUUUACAUCUUUAUGCAUCAAAAGCACAAGAUGGAGAACAAUUAUGUGAAAUGGAAACAAUUGCAAAAAAAAACACCAAAUCCUUCUUUCUUUCCUUCUCUCAUCUCACGUUGAAUGAACUUUUAAGAGAAAAAUAGUUCCUGUUUAUAAAGCACUAAAGUAAAUAAUGCACCACUGUUACCUUUUCAUGCUAUUAUGCCUUUAAUGAAAAUCAUCUCAAUGUGCGAAGAUUCAACUGUCAAAAAGUAAGUUGUGUUUGUCAGCGUGUCAAACCGAAAGCCAAACAAUUAGAAGGGCAAUGCAUUCAGUUAUUAGCACUUUUUCAUUGUGUAUAAAAGGGUUAUAUUUAUCUUUUUUUUUAACUUAUGUCUGUAUUUAACUGUACAAAUGUGUUCUUUUUACAUUAAGAAUUGUUUUAGCCUUUGUGGGGGGGGGUUUCUGAGUUUUUAUCAGUUACGUUAUUUAAUUUGCACUUAUUAAAGCAGCACAAAGUAACAUCUCAUUUAAGUCCCUGUGGUGAUCAUCCCAGUUUUUAUGAGACCCUUUGGGUGACUCUCAUCUCCUGCUGCUGGUUCUGAUCCAAGUCUCACAGCUACUUUAUGGCUGCCCAAUAGAAAGCCUUUAGCUCCAGUAAGCAAACACCUUGCUGUGCUACCCGAAGGUUAUAGAAUGGUUUGGGCUUUUGUUCUGUUUUGGAGAUUUAUGUCAUCUUGAGGCUGGAAAAAUGUCAAAGAAAACCUCUGUCUGAAAAGGAAAUCCAGUCGGGACUGGACUCUAAGAAAGGCAUUUAGUCCUGAAGGUUGAAAACUGAUUCAGACCUGAAAAUGUUCUUAUUGGACCAAAUCUGCUAACCUCUGUUAGUGUAACUGUUUUGACUUUAGAUGUGGUGCAGCUAUAAAACCUGGAGAGGCUGAAUCGCUGAUAAAAGCAGGUAAAAAAUGGUUCACUGAAGAGGCUGGCUUUUAUGAAAGUUUUUUUUUUUUUUGUCUGAAAUUGCUGCAUCACAGUAAUUUACAUUUAAAAAUGUAAAAUACACCUUCAGACCUUUGGUAUGUGCAGCUGAGGUGCUGCGCACUGAGAGCUGUCUGCGUUUACAAAGGUGCUAUUUUCUAAAGGUCCCGUAGGGAGAAGGCAACUAAAAAAUCACAUAGUUCUGGUUUAAGUCACUUUGUUUCAGCUAUUUUUGGUUUCUUUGUUUUUUUCUACAAUUUUAUAUCAUGUUUUUUUUUUCUACUGGUUAAGUAUGCAGACCUUUUUACCUUAUUAAAUGUAAUAAUUUUCUUGUAGAUUUGAUGGAAUGCCAGAGUCCUGAACCAUGAAGGUGGGUUAGCCUGAUAACUUCAGUUUUGAACCUGACUUUCCGGUUUUACGAAGCAGGAUUCAUUCUUAGCGAGGCUAGUCACCAUGGUAACAUAUUCUGAAUGGCAAAUCUGCUUCGGGGCAGGCUAGCUUUCAUGAUUGACCUGAAUGCUAGAAAGCAGCCAAUCAGCUGUUUUGGAAACAAUGACCAACUUUUUCAUUGAAGACCUGAUUUAAUUCAGAGGGGAAAAGAACCUAAACAGAAUAACAUAAUUAAAUAACUUAAACACCAACAAGCACUUAAAACUGAACAUGUCCUUGACAAAUACAGACCUUUUACUAAUCUGUAUUUGUUUACCCCUGUAUAACGAUCUCAUACACCACUGGCAUUCACUUGUUUCUUGUUUGAUUUACAUAUGAAGCUAAAUAAAGAUAUAAUAAAAAUCAAAGUGCAAAAAUGAAGAGGGUCCGUUGGAUCACUAUGACGAUUACUUAUAGAAGUGAUACAGGUUUUCACAGGCCGGACUGGCAUAUAGACCAUGAGUGUCGGAUUUGCAUUAAUGCUUCCCUAACUGGAUCACAGACUGGAUGUUUGGCCUUUAUUAUGUAACUGGCAGCUUCAUGUUCACCAUCAGGGAUGCUGAGCCCAUUGCCUAUACACAGUUAAAAAGAAGCAUUUUAUGCAAUUAGAACAAUCAAGCAGUUAAAUAUACAAGUUGGCCAAUAUGUAUGUGUGUUUUUAUUUAUUUAUUUUUUUUGCUGUAACAGUAUGAAUGAGGAGUGUAGAUGUUACACUGCUCUGAUGGGGGGUUAAUAGUAAACCGACAGGUAAACAAAAAGUUCUGGCAGAGCGCAGAAAUCAGGGUGAUUUCGCUCAGACUGAUCUCUUCUUGUAUUAAUAUGAUGCAAUCAUAGCUUCAGCUUUAUUGUCGCCCAAACACUGUUGAAUUAAAAAGUCCAACUAACCAGAUGAAAUUAUGUUGUUUUAUUAUGUGUCAUCUACACUCCUGAGGGGAACGCUGUUAUCAUGCACUGCAGUGAUUGGGAUGCUGGAUGUAUUAAACAUCUCAUGUGUAACUUUGCUCCUUUGCCAGCGUUUUUGGCGUCUCUUUCUUGCGUCCACCAUGUUUGACUUUUCAUUGAGACUUUUUUGUCCUCAUUUUUCUGCCAGAUGAGUUUUUUUCCCUCUCAGGAGAAAUACGGCGUUCUCCUUUCUGUGCUCGUUCUUCUGAUUGGUCUGUUACCUUGAACCCGGCCUGCCUUCACAGAUUCAUAAUCAGUUGAAGCUGGGUUGAGUUAGCAUGGUGAUAACCUAACCUGACUCCGCCAGAUGGAUUUGCUCCACAUAUCCAUCUGGAAACCUUCCGUUGAAGUAAUUUUGGGAAGGGGCGAAAAUACUGGUUAGCUGAUUGGCCUAUGUUGGUGAUAGA